AUGUCCUCCCCGCCACCCUCCGACCGGGGCUCCGACAUGUCCGAAGAAGACGAGGAGUUCCAGGAACCCACCCCCGAAACCAACAUCCGCGACUGCGGCUACUCGAAAUGCGGCUCUGUGAUUUACCGCACAACUUACAACCCCUCCUCGACCCCGAAAUGGGACCAGUUCAAGGCCCUCGUCCUCUCCAACCUCCGCAACAAAAUCACCCACUCCCUCGCCCCAGAGAUCCUCAAUAACAUGGACUUCAUCUUCGCCGACGACCCUUCGCUAGACAACAUUUCCAUCGCCAAUCUUCAGCGCCGCUUUCAGAGCUGGGUCGAGUCGGAGAACAUGCUCCCCUUCAAGCCCAGCCAGGCCGACCCGGCACAGAUGGUAUACGUGCCCCGGGGCGCCAGGUACGAGUUCUUCGUCAUGGUCGACGAGCUCGCCCUGCUCUCCCCCUGCGUGGAGCUUGUGCGUGGCUUCCCCGAGCACGAGAACCCACACGAGGUCGGUCGCGAGCACGUCAAGGUCUGGCAUAUUGCUGUCGGGACCGAACUGUACGAUGAGCUGGGCGACCCGAACGCCCCUUAUACAGGCCGUUAUUACAAUUCUUUGCCUGGGCACCUGGUUGCCCAGGGCUAUUAG